AUGUUGCCGCCAAGAACACAGUGUGACACUCUCCUCGACGCAUAUUUCAAAAGCUUUGAGUCGGCCUUGCGCAUUCUCCACGUUCCAUCCUUCAUGCAGAGGUACGAGCAGUUCUGGGAUCGUGCUCGAUCACAACGGAAUGAUGCAGACGAUACGUUUGUGUGUACUCUUCUUGUCGCCAUUGCUAUUGGGUCAUGCGUGUUACUCGGACCGCAUGUUCUCAAUGACUCGGGGUGUGCUUUGCAGGAGCAGGCCGCGGGCUGGAUCGCCUAUUCAAGGGAUUUUUUGUCACGCAAGAUUGUCACGGGCACACAUGAGAACUUCGAAAUAGCCCAGCUCAUGUGUCUGCUGACUCUGGCACGGCAUACGCAGGCCCAGUCUGGGGACUCAGCUGGUUCCCGGUUCAUGUUCAGUGACGAUAAUCCGGCCCGAGUAGGAAUCCGGAUGCGCCUCUUUCACGAGCCAGUAACAAAGGGAGCUCAUGGAUCAACAAAAGAUGCAGAGAUGCAUCGCCGCCUGUGGGCCACGAUGCUAGAACUUUCUUUGCAGUCGUGCCUGGCUGAAGGACUACCGGCCCCAAUUGCUCCCGACGGCUAUGACUGUGAGCCACCAUCAAACAUCUCGGAUGAAGACAUUGAAGGAGGGGUUAACCAACAAGGCUUCACACCCACAACCAUUCUGGGGCUUUUAGCAAAAACACAGCGGCUUCGGUUACGGAUCCUACAUUUAGCCAACAUGCCAAGGACGCCAAAGACUUCGCAUGAAGCGUAUCGCAUCGGAGCUGAGCUCAACGAGGCAUGCAACGCCAAUAUGCAAGUGCUCAAUGCAAUGAAACCGCCGCAGCCCAUAGAGUUCCAACGCAGACUGCUCGAUAUGUGUACCCGAUCAUUUGUGUUGGCUCUUCACACUUCGUUUUCCGAGCCGGAUUUCACCGAGCCUGCAUCCUAUUACUCGCGCCGCAUGCGGAUGGAGAUCUCCAUGCUCCUCCUCUGCCCCCAAGCCAGUCAGGAGAGGCCUGAUAGCUCGAGCGUGCCGAAUAUGGCUGUCUCCGCACCAUAUGCCCCGGAAAUAACAGGCCACAGCAUGUCAGCUUUCUAUGGCACAUGUACUAAUCAGACUGCCACGGGCAGGCCAGCGAAUACGACGACACCCCCCCUAGCCAUGUCAGACGCAUACAUGUCGCUCCUGAUCCACAGCAACAGCCAUGGGCACUUUGUACGCAUGCACCGGCAGAUGCUAGCCUCGCUGUGCCUCGACCUCAUCAGCGAGCUGGAGAAGAACGAGUUCCCCAUUCUGAACCAGCCGUCUCUACACCAGAUCCGCGGCGUGCUGCGGGUCGCCAUGCAAGUGUUUGAGAGCCGCAUGCGAAGCUCUUCCGGGGCAAAUUCAGCCCGCGAGUUCGUCGUCUUUGCCGCCGCUGCAGCUCACAUAGACGCGCUCUUGCUGGGCGCCUUGGAUGUGGACGAAACGACUGCGAGAGCGGUACUGAGUGCAUUGAAUGUGUUUACCGAAGUGUUGCAAAGGACCAAAGUCUAA